CCGGCUCUCGGGGAAGGAGGCGCCCAGCCUCACGGACGAGCUCGCUUUGCAACUCGCUCUGCUCCGGCAGCUGCGGCGACAGGACGCUGGGCUGACGACUCUCCCGAGUCCUCUUCGCCACCCCUCGGCCCGCGAGAGAGCCAGCUUGAGCAAGGGACUGUGCCGCCCCGUAGACACAGUGUGUCCUCCUGUCCCGUCAGGUGGGCUUGGCCGGAGCGCGCCGGGAAGACUUGAGCUACAUUGGAGGUCGGUUGUUUUCUAAAACAGAAGGAGACACCCUUGAAGACAUGGUGAUUUCUCUUUGAGUUUCGACUCACAGAAUAAAAGAGAGCACUCGAGCAAUGACCCCGUGCACUCGGGAAGCUGUGAUGUGAUAAUUUUGAAGUCCUUCCACAUCUAAAGCCAUGAUUUAAAUAUCGACAUUAAGAUUUCAACAAGAAAAACUUAAGCUUCAUUGGAUUCCCACGGCAAAGAAAAGUUCCAAGCUUUCAGAAAGAAUUCUCACUUGAAGAUAAAGAGCAAUUUGCUAACCACAGAAGAGGGUUCGAUACUAAGCUUUUAACUGCACUUCCUAAAGUUGCAGAAUUAAGAAAAAUCUUUGAACCAAAGAGGAAAGAAUUUUUAGAGAUGAAAAGAAAAGAAAGAAUUGCCAGGCGCCUAGAAGGAAUCGAAAAUGACACCCAGCCCCACUUCUUGCAGAGCUGCACGGGGCUGGUGACUCACCGUCUGCUGGAGGAGGACACGCCUCGGUACAUGCGAGCCACCGACCCGGCCAGCCCCCACAUUGGCCGAUCAAAUGAAGAGGAAGAAACGUCUGAUUCUUCCGUAGAAAAGCAAAUUCGAUCCAAAUACUACAAAGAAACCUCGGGUGUCCAGAGUGAUUCGUCCUAUGGUUCUAGUACCAUGGACACCCACAGCCUGGAGUCCAAAGCGGAACGAAUUGCGAGGUACAAAGCGGAAAGGAGGCGGCAACUGGCAGAAAAAUACGGGGUGUCUCUGGAUCUCGAAGCCGACUCGGCGGCAGAAUAUCUGUCUCGCUAUUCCAAGUCCAGGAAGGAUCCCGAUGCCGUCGAAAAACGGGGAGGGAAAAGUGACAAACCAGAAGAGUCCAGCCGAGACUCGAGUUCUCCCUACCCUGGGAGUGAGACUGUGGGGCUCAGGACCUGUGCGGGUGAGUCCAAGGACUAUGGCCUGUACGGGAGCGACAGUAUGUCCGAGCAGGAGGUGCUGCUGAACGCAGAAAACCAAAGACGCGGUCAAGAGCUGAGUGCCAGGCGGCAGGCCCAUGACCUGCCCCCAACAGUCGAGAGUUCUUCGACCUACGAGAGCUGUUCGACCUUCUCGUUCUCGGGGCGAGACUCCUUCACUGACGUGCCAAAGUCCCCAAAGCAGCUGCACACCUCGUCCCUGCAGCAGCCGGCGUCCCGGAGCCCCUCCACUGGCGACUCACUGGUAUCCUCUGAUGCCCGGCCCAGUACAGGGAAACCCAAACACGAGUGGUUUCUCCAGAAAGAUUCUGAAGGAGACACACCUUCACUCAUCAACUGGCCUUCCAGAGUUAAAGUUAGAGAAAAACUGGUGAAAGAGGAGAGUGCUCGCAGCAGCCCUGAACUUGCCCCUGAAUCCUUAACUCAGAGGAGACAUCAGCCAGCGCCCGUCCAUUACCUGUCCUUUCAGUCAGAACACUCGGCCUUUGAUAGGGUCCCCAGCAAGGCGGCCAGCGCUGCACGACAGCCCAGCCGUGGCUAUGUCCAACCAGCCGAUCCUGGUUGCGCCACCAAGCUGGUGACCGAGGAAACCCCAGAAAAUGUAUCUGAGCGUGGCUGGGUGGGAUCAGUCUCCCAGGAUGUCAUAGAACCUCCCACCUUAAAGAUCCCAGAAGGCGAGAGAAAGGAGUCGCCAGUUCUCCAUAUCUGUGAAUCCAAAGCAGAAGAAGAUGCGCCCUUCACCGAAGCUCUCGAGAAGAGCAGGAAAACACUGUCCACUUUGCAGGGUGAUGGGUUUGCGAGAAGCCAGGAAGACCCCUCUGCAAAGGAGGACGGUGGUAAGCCAGCCAUGAGCACGGUCGCCUUAGAACGUCAGAAGGAGCUAGAAAGUGUCUCACUCCCGCCUCAAGCUCAGCCCCAGCCCACAGAGAGAACAGGCAGAAGCGAAAUGGUUUUGUAUGUUCAGAAUGAGCCCGUGUCCCCCGACGCCAAAGUCACCAGUCACAGAAGGAAGCACAAGGUCCUCACCCGCUCGCUGUCGGAUUACACGGGCCCCCCUCCGCCCCAGGCCUCCAAGCUUAAGGACCCGGCUUCAAAGCCAGAGCUGGAGCCACAGAGUUCCAAGGCUGAAGAGCUUCCAGGGGACGUGGGCGUGCCGGACACGAAGGUCUCUGUCGCCCAGCUCCGAAGUAUGUUUCUGGAGUCUGCCAACGCCUGCAAGAGACCCGAACUCCAACCACGGGUGGAGAGGUCCCCCAAAGGAGUUGGCUUGCCCGCCAGUGUGGAACGGGAGAGAGGGUCCCGGAAACCAAGACGCUAUAUUUCUCCUGGUGAAAGUAGGAAAACUUCUGAGAGAUUUAGAACUCAACCCAUAACCUCAGCAGAACGAAAGGAAUCGGAUAGGAGUACUUCACAUUCGGAAAUGCCAACCAUCGAGGAUGAAGAAAAGGUGGAUGAGCGAGCCAAGCUGAGCGUGGCUGCCAAGAGGCUGCUUUUCAGGGAAAUGGAAAAAUCCUUUGAUGAACAAAACGUUCCAAAACAACGCUCAAGAAACACGGCCGUGGAGCAGAGGCUGCGCCGGCUGCAGGACCGGUCCCUCACCCAGCCCAUCACCUCCGAGGAGGUGGUCAUUGCCGCCACAUUACAGGCAUCUGCUCACCACAAGGCUUUAGCCAAGGACCAGACAAAUGAGGGCAGAGAUUGUGCUGAGCCAGGAGAACCUGAUUCCUCCACUCUGAGCUUAGCAGAGAAGUUGGCCUUGUUUAACAAAUUGUCCCAGCCAGUCUCAAAGGCUAUUUCUACCCGAAACAGAAUAGACAUGAGACAGAGGAGAAUGAACGCUCGCUAUCAGACUCAGCCAGUCACCCUGGGAGAGGUGGAACAGGUGCAAAGUGGGAAGCUCAUUCCUUUCUCGCCCACUGUUAACACGUCUGUGUCCACCGUGGCACCUACAGUCUCGCCCAUGUUUGCAGGGGAACUUCGGGCGAAGCCAUCUCUGGAGGGCAGGGCAGGUGCCACUGACUAUAAAUUGCCUUCUUCAGUAGAAAAUUCAGAUGCUGCCGUCAGAAGCAUUCUGAAGUCCCAAGUGUGGCAGCCUUCGAUGGAGGAGAGUGGAAACAAAGAGAUGUCGAGGGAAUUUGGAGAACCAGAAAGCAAGCGAGCCUUGGCAGGUGACGAGAGCGGCGUGAAGAAGUAUGGGUCCUUCGAGGAAGGAGAGCUGACCUACUCCGUCUUUAACAGAGUCAGGGACGGGGACCUCCACAAGGAACCUCGCUACGCUGUUCCCAGGAAUGGAAGCCUGGAAUUAGCUAAUCCUCCCCUCCCCCAUCUUGGUGAUGAACUGGAGGAAUUUUCCACUGGGAAACCAAAUGCACACAGGAACUUGGACUUGACAGACAGGCAGCCCUUUGAAGAGAAGGUAGAUGUGGAGAAUGUCACGAGGAGGAGGUUUUCUCUAAAAGCGGCAGAGUUCGGGGAGCCCACUUCCGAGCAGAAGGGGACAGCUGCUGGGAAAACAGUGGCUCCAACCUCAACCCUCGGGUCCUGGAAGCAGCAAGAUUCUUCAGAACAACUGCAGGAGAAGCACCCGAAGAAUCCAUGUGCCAUGUUUGCCGCUGGAGAGAUCAGAACAGCGACAGGAGAGGGCAUCCUGGACUCGCCCGGCAAAACCAUGUCGAUUAAAGAAAGGUUGGCCCUGUUGAAGAAGAGCGGGGAGGAAGACUGGAGAAACAGACUCAACAGGAAGCAGGAGUGUGGCAAGGCGUCCGCUGGGAGCAGCCUGCACAUCCAAGAAGUGGGACAGUCGCUUGCCAAGAAGCGGGUCACAGAAAGUCGAGAGAGCCAGAUGACCAUUGAGGAGAGGAAGCAUCUGAUCACAGUGAGGGAGGAAGCCUGGAAGACCAAAGGCCGGGGCGCAGCCAACGACUCCACCCAGUUUACGGUGGCUGGCAGGAUGGUAAAGAAAGGUUUGGCGUCACCCACUGCCAUAACCCCAGUGGCAUCCCCCAUUUGCAGUAAAACAAGGGGGACUACACCAGUUUCCAAACCCCUAGAAGAUAUUGAAGCCAAACCAGAGAUGCAGUUGGAAUCCGACCUGAAGCUGGACAGGCUGGAAACCUUCCUGAGAAGGCUGAAUAAUAAAGUUGGUGGGAUGCAGGAAACGGUGCUCACUGUCACCGGCAAAUCUGUUAAAGAGGUGAUGAAGUUGGAUGACGAUGAAACUUUUGCCAAAUUUUACCGGAACGUGGAUUCUAACAUACCAAGAAGCCCCGUGGAGGUAGACGAGGACUUCGAUGUUAUUUUUGAUCCUUAUGCACCCAGAUUGACGUCUUCCGUGGCUGAGCACAAGCGCUCAGUUAGGCCCAAGCGCCGGGUCCAGGCUUCCAAAAACCCGCUGAAGAUGCUGGCGGCAAGAGACGACCUCCUGCAGGAGUAUACUGAGCAGAGACUUAACGUGGCCUUCAUGGAGUCAAAGAGGAUGAAAGUGGAAAAGAGGUCCUCCAAUUCCAACUUCUCGGAAGUCACUCUGGCAGGGUUAGCCAGUAAAGAGAACUUCAGCAGCGUCUGCCUGCGGAGCGUCAACCUGACGGAGCAGAACUCCAACAACAGCGCGGUGCCCUACAAGAAGCUGAUGCUGCUACAGAUCAAAGGGAGAAGACACGUGCAGACCAGGCUGGUGGAACCCCGAGCUUCGUCCCUCAACAGCGGGGACUGCUUCCUCCUGCUGUCUCCCCACCACUGCUUCCUGUGGGUGGGAGAGUUUGCAAACGUCAUUGAAAAGGCCAAGGCCUCAGAACUUGCAACUUUAAUUCAGACAAAGAGGGAACUUGGAUGUAGAGCUACUUAUAUCCAAACUAUUGAAGAAGGGAUUAAUACACACACUCAUGCAGCCAAAGACUUCUGGAAGCUCCUGGGUGGCCAAACCAGUUACCAAUCUGCUGGAGACCCAAAAGAAGAUGAGCUAUAUGAAACAGCUAUCAUAGAAACAAACUGCAUUUACCGUCUCAUGGAUGACAAACUUGUUCCUGAUGAUGACUACUGGGGGAAAAUUCCAAAGUGCUCCCUCCUACAACCAAAAGAGGUACUGGUGUUUGAUUUUGGUAGUGAAGUUUAUGUGUGGCAUGGGAAAGAAGUCACAUUAGCACAACGAAAAAUAGCAUUUCAGCUGGCCAAGCACUUAUGGAAUGGAACCUUUGACUAUGAGAAUUGUGACAUCAACCCAUUGGAUCCUGGAGAAUGCAAUCCGCUUAUUCCCAGAAAAGGACAGGGGCGGCCUGAUUGGGCCAUAUUUGGGAGACUCACAGAGCACAAUGAGACUAUUUUGUUCAAAGAGAAGUUUCUGGAUUGGACGGAACUGAAGAGACCCAGUGAGAAGACCGCCGCGGAGCUCGCCCAGCAGAAGGAAGACCCGAGGGCUGACGUGAAGCCCUACGACGUGACACGGAUGGUGCCCGUGCCCCAGAUGACGGUGAGCACCGUCCUGGAUGGAGUCAAUGUCGGCCGUGGCUAUGGCCUGGUGGAGGGGCAGGACCGGAGGCAGUUCGAGAUCUCCAGCCUCUCCGUGGAUGUCUGGCACAUCCUGGAGUUCGACUACAGCAGGCUCCCCAAGCAGAGCAUCGGGCAGUUCCACGAGGGGGACGCCUAUGUGGUCAAGUGGAAGUACAUGGUGAGCACCACAGUGGGAAGCCGGCAGAAGGCAGAGCACUCGGUGAGGGUGGCCGGGAAAGAGAAGUGCGUCUACUUCUUCUGGCAAGGCCGGCAGUCGACAGUGAGUGAGAAGGGAACGUCGGCGCUGAUGACAGUGGAGCUGGACGAGGAGCGGGGGGCCCAGGUCCAGGUUCUCCAGGGCAAGGAGCCCCCCUGUUUUCUGCAGUGUUUCCAGGGGGGGAUGGUGGUGCACUCUGGAAGGCGGGAAGAGGAGGAAGAAAACGCCCAAAGUGAGUGGAGGCUGUACUGCGUACGAGGAGAAGUGCCCAUGGAGGGGAACCUGCUGGAGGUGGCCUGUCACUGCAGCAGCCUGAGGUCCAGGACGUCCAUGGUGGUCCUCAAUGUAAAUAAGGCCCUCAUCUACCUGUGGCACGGGUGCAAAGCCCAGGCCCACACCAAGGAGGUCGGAAGGACAGCAGCCAAUAAAAUCAAGGAACAGUGUCCUCUAGAGGCGGGUCUGCACAGCAGCAGCAAAGUGACCAUCCACGAGUGUGACGAAGGCUCGGAGCCUCUGGGAUUCUGGGAUGCUUUAGGAAGAAGGGACAGGAAGGCCUACGACUGCAUGCUUCAAGAUCCGGGGAGUUUUAACUUCGCACCUCGCCUGUUUAUCCUCAGCAGCUCCUCUGGAGACUUUGUAGCCACAGAGUUCACGUACCCCGCACGCGCCCCCUCCCUGAUCAGCUCCAUGCCCUUCCUGCAGGAGGAUCUGUACAGUGCGCCCCAGCCAGCGCUGUUCCUCGUGGACAAUCACCAUGAGGUGUAUCUCUGGCAAGGCUGGUGGCCCAUUGAGAACAAGAUCACCGGCUCUGCCCGCAUUCGCUGGGCAUCUGACCGGAAGAGCGCCAUGGAGACAGUGCUCCAGUACUGCAAAGGGAAAAAUCUCAAGAAGCCGCCCCCCAAGUCUUACCUUAUCCACGCCGGUCUGGAGCCCCUGACAUUCACCAAUAUGUUUCCCAGCUGGGAGCACAGAGAGGACAUUGCCGAGAUCACGGAAAUGGAUACAGAAGUUUCCAAUCAGAUCACCCUGGUGGAAGACGUCUUAGCCAAGCUCUGUAAAACCAUCUAUCCGCUGGCUGAUCUCCUCGCCAGGCCCCUCCCGGAAGGCGUGGAUCCUCUCAAGCUGGAGAUUUAUCUCACCGACGAAGACUUUGAGUUUGCACUAGACAUGACGCGAGACGAGUACAGCGCACUGCCCGUGUGGAAGCAGGUGAACUUGAAGAAGGCGAAAGGCCUGUUCUGAGUGGCAGAGAUGACGGUGGAACCUCAGUGGUCACCUUCCGUACCACUGGGCCAGGGAAAUGGAUAUUUAUUUUUGGACGAGUAUUUUUAAACGAGUAUUUUUUAAGUCCGAGUUUUCCGAACCUGACCGUUGUUAACCACUCUGCUCGUCCUGGAGCUGUGUAUUUUGUAAAUGUUGGAGAGAACUGUUGGGAAACUUCCUUUGCACAAUUCGGCAGGUAAUGUUAAUAAAAGUAUCUGUUGCGUGCACUUCAGCGGUGAUUCUUCGACAGCUGCUCUAUCACUGCCCUCCUGUUCCAGCUAAGCAUUGCCUUUUUUGUUGUUGUUGUUUUUUGAAGCAGUUUCUCUUUCUAAAAAGUGUUGUUUUGAUAGUUUGUGGAUUCUAAAAAUUAUAUAUAUAUUUAUAUAAACACCGUAUAGUUCAAAUAUGUAUUUAAACAAAGCAAUAUGUAUUCAUUCACUUCUGAGAUUUUUUUUGGGGGGGGUGUCAAAAUAAUAUUAAGAGGUAGACGGAGUUGCUCCCCUUCAAUUAACUCUGCCACCAGUAUGGAUCUUCAUACGCGUUCUGGAAUGUUCCCUCCAGCAUUCGGUGUGACUUGUUCUGAGUACUGCUUCCGGUGCUAACAUGAACAAAGAAUUUGUACUUCAUGGCAUGGCCUCUGAAGAAUCUAUGUGAAUCAACCUUUCUACCUUAAUAUCUACCCCCCCCAAAAAUGUAUAGUGCCUUGUUUUUAUGUACAGUUUAUAUACAGAAAAGUUUGCUCUGCGUUUUCGAUGAUGGUUUGGAACGGUAUCUACCAUUUUACUCUCAAAUAGCAAAAAUAAAAACAUCUCAGUUUCUAACACCCGUGGUAACCAUGACACCUGUCAUUUGGGGACAGAGGACUCCAAAAUAAAAGCAUCAGAACAAACACCGCUGAUCGAUUGGUUCAGGUGGAAUCUUAAGCAUGUUCUUCCCCCCCCCAAAAAAUUAUUUUUUGUAAAUGUUGACCUAGAACGAGGAUUUUGCCAUGAAGUGUCAACUGCUGUAACUCUGAAUUGGGUGUAGGCAAGUUUUGAUUACAGGGUCAUAAGAUUAAAUAGCUAUUUGUCCCGUAAAAUUAGUUCUCAGUACUAUAUGGAAGAUGUAUUUUUAUAAAUCAAGGGAAAGUUUUUUAAACCCACAACAGUGUCUACAGUUCAAUUUCAGGAUCUCAGUGCCUUUUUAACAAAAUUAAAUGUAUAAAGGAUCCUGAAAACUUAAAAAUGAGUUAGAAAACUCCUCACAAGCUAUGUUCUUAAAAUACCAAAUCCAUGGUUUUGAUUAUGUUCUACAGACCUACUACUAUGACUUGUUACUGCCUCUCCCCUUCCCGUGUUAGUUUGCAUUUAACAUAUUUGAUCACAGCACAUCUACCUGAAACUUCAGAACUUACUUGGGGCCUGUAACUUGCUUCUGGUCCCACCGCUCUGUGACUGUGCAAUGAUGUUCAGUGAGGCAGUCACUGAACUUUUCUGCCUCGAUUUCCUUAAAAGGAGACAAUACUAGGUAACCCUGUGUCCAGCACAGGAUUCGGAGCAAGUAGGAAGUGGAAAGUCUGGAAAAUUGCCCAGUGCUAGAUUUCUGCUGGUUUUGAUGCUGUCUUGACAGUCGCUAAGGUAGGAAAGCAAGAGAGUUCAAGUUAAGGAACAUCCUCACACACCGAGAAAUUAGGGAUUAAACCAAAACCAGCAGAAGGAAACGGAGAGAGACAGAGGUUCCCAGUCUGCAUCCCGUAGGUAACGGGCAAAGAGGAGCAGAGAAAUGUCCCUAGGUCAGUAGGGCAGCCUGUGGAGUGUCAGAAGAGGGCGGGGAGGCUGCCACCGUCUGCAGCAGGGAGGGACGUCCCUUGAAUCCUUAGGUACACAGAAGGAACUCAGGUUGCUGUAGGAACUUCCAGUGGAGAGUCUGCUGUAGUUAAUAAACAGGACGGGUGUCAUCACUAAUGCUCACUACCACCAGAUUGUUCCAAAGUGCUUUAAAAUUGUGUAUAUCUACCUGUAUUAAACAUUGUCCCCCAAGGA